CAGCGGUGCCAGCUCCGGCCGGCGGGCGGGCGGUCGGUCCCGGGUUGUCCUGGAGCGUCUCUGAGGAGCCGCCGGAUCUGAGUCGCAGGCGCCUGCCGGCUGCAGACAGGUUUGAAACUUUAUGAGAAUCUAUAAAGAGCUGUUGAUGCCUGCUUUGAUUUUGUCUUCUAAUCAACUAUAACUUUUCAUUUGAGAGCACGUACACUCAGGUCCUCUUGGAAGAAUUACCAGAGACUGUUGCAUUUCUGAUCCUUUGCUUCAGUUUACUUUGUUCGGCUGCCAUAUAUGGACUGCUCUGACUGGUACUGUGAUCGAUGUAGCUUUGGUACUCUUAAGAAUACAGCUAAACUUUCAGAAAUGUGUGUAAGCACACCCAGUCCGGUCCAGAUUUAGAAGAGAAGAACGCCUACUCAAGGAAUCUCUCAGAACGUGAAGUGUUUUUUCUGCAAGAUUUCAUCUCAUCUGCAAUGUACAUUAGGAUAGAUUUUGGAAAGAUUCAUGUGGAACCAAUGGCUGAAUAUCAGACUGACCAUCCAUAAGGAAUACAAACCGUCUUUUAAAUUUUACUUUAAGGAGAACAGUAAUUUUUUUGCAUGCAUCCUACUUGUUUCUAAAGUCAGUUCUGCCCACAAGGCUGUCAUUGCCUUGAAUUUUCUUGACAUUUUUCCCAUAUGAUCAGCUUUAUAGUGCACACGUGAGGACUAUCCUGUACACAUCUUGCUCCACCAUGUCAACAAACAGCAGUUCGUGCACACCUCCAGGUAACGGACAUGUAAACGGUUACCCAGUGCCCCAUUACCCAUUCUUCUUCCCACCGGUCCUGGGAGGCCUUUCACCACCAUCCAUUAAUGGAUUGCAGCAUCAGCUUCCAGUCAGUGGCUACAGUACCCCUUCACCUGCCACCAUAGAAACACAGAGUACUAGCUCAGAGGAGAUUGUGCCCAGCCCACCUUCCCCACCCCCACCUCCACGUGUAUACAAACCCUGCUUCGUCUGCCAAGACAAAUCAUCAGGUUACCACUAUGGAGUCAGCGCUUGCGAAGGAUGCAAGGGCUUUUUCAGAAGAAGCAUCCAAAAGAACAUGGUGUACACGUGCCACCGAGAUAAGAACUGCAUCAUCAACAAAGUCACCCGAAAUCGAUGUCAGUAUUGCCGGCUGCAGAAGUGCCUGGAGGUUGGCAUGUCCAAGGAAUCUGUGCGAAAUGACAGGAACAAGAAGAAGAAAGACACUCCCAAGCAGGAGUGUUCCGAAAGCUACACAAUCACACCCGAGACUGAGGAUCUAAUAGAGAAAGUUCGCAAAGCCCAUCAGGAAACCUUCCCAGCUCUGUGUCAGCUUGGCAAAUACACUACUAACAACAGUGCUGAGCAGCGAGUAACGUUAGAUAUUGAUCUCUGGGACAAGUUCAGUGAACUCUCGACUAAAUGCAUUAUCAAAACUGUCGAGUUUGCCAAACACCUUCCUGGAUUUACCACCCUAACCAUCGCUGACCAAAUCACCCUCCUCAAAGCUGCCUGCCUAGACAUCCUAAUUCUGCGAAUCUGUACCAGAUACACCCCUGACCAGGAUACCAUGACUUUUUCUGAUGGCCUUACCUUGAACCGGACACAGAUGCAUAAUGCGGGCUUUGGCCCCCUCACUGAUCUGGUUUUUGCGUUCGCCAAUCAACUGCUACCAUUGGAGAUGGAUGAUGCAGAGACUGGACUCCUGAGUGCUAUUUGCCUCAUAUGUGGGGACCGUCAGGACCUGGAAGAGCCAGAGAAAGUGGACAAGCUGCAGGAGCCAUUGUUAGAAGCUCUGAAGAUCUAUGUGAGGAAAAGGAGGCCAAACAAGCCCCACAUGUUCCCGAAAAUGUUGAUGAAGAUCACAGAUCUGCGCAGCAUUAGUGCCAAAGGAGCUGAGCGGGUCAUCACCCUCAAAAUGGAGAUCCCUGGAUCCAUGCCACCGCUUAUUCAGGAAAUGCUGGAAAAUUCUGAUGGAAUCGAUCCUUCCUCCUCACCUUGUAGUAAAAGCAGCGCUGCACGUGUAUGCAGCAGCCCGAGUAUGUCGCCGAGCUCUGCCAGCAGCAGUCCAAACACUCAGUCACCAUAGCUUCCAGAGAAGGAGCUAGUGAGUCAGACUCUCACUCACAUGGACGCUUGACGUGAGGGUAAAACGUUCACAGGAGAGCCGCAGUAUUGUUUGCCACAUACUCUGCAGCUUGUGGAAGGCGAUUGGGACUGAGUUGGAACUUACGCACUGUGCAUAACCACGCUGGAAGCUCUUUCAAACAUGCUUAACUGAGAUGGACACUGAAUUCAAGGCUGUGUGAGCAGCUGAGAAAAAUACCCAUACAUACACACACGCACGCACACACACGCAUGCACACAGUUAUACACCCAUGCCUUCCUCUUCCCUAUCGAAAAUAGGAAUCACCAUUCUUGAAGCAGACUCUGCUCCACAUUGCAAGCCUUCAGCUUCUGGUUUUACAACACGCUUUGAUUUAACGCCAAGAGAGAACUAUAAGGACCAUUUGUGUUAAUUUUUUUUUGAAAUAUUUUUCCUCUCCUUUGUUUAUCUUUCAUAAUCUCAUAUAAUACUAGCUGAUAGACUGGGUCACCAGCAGAAAUCCAGUAGCAUCCAAAAACAAGGAAUUUGAACAAAGAAAAGUUUAUACGAAUGAAACAUUUCAUGAAUUAUUUUUGUGAACUGUUAGAUUGGAUUUACCAGAGGAGGAAGGAAAAGCAUGAUGAUGUCAUCACAUUUUUGAAGUGAGUUGCAUACGAGCUGGAAGGUAAUGGAGGUAACUGGGUUCCACUAGGGAUGUCUGUAAAUAUGCUGUUCUGUUUAAUGUACUCACAACAGAUUUCCAGUCUUUACUUUUAUGCCUUUGUUGAUUGGAUGUUCAUUUGAAGCACAUUUGUUUCUGAGAGUAAGCACAGCUCUGAAGUACCAUGUAGAUCUGAAAUAUUGUGCACAGGCUGCUGGAUAGCAAGGGAGCUGCAUUAUGCCUGUGCACGUGCAACCCCACACCAGGGUCUCACCUCACGCCCCUUGCUGUGAUUGAGAGUUUAUUGCACCAGCUGGUGCCCUUUCACUGUUUGGGACAGAAAGUGAGUCAUAGUUACAGCGCAGGCCUGCUUGUUGACAAGGACCCUGUAUCCUUUGGCUUUAAUUGAUUGGAUUCUGAGAUUGUGUGCCAACUCCGGUUGUCUUGAAGUAUAUCUGUGGAGGUGAAGUGGAGUAUAUUUGGUCAACCAAAUGCUUCCUCGUCCUCACUGAUCAUAUAUACCGACUGGGAAGUUAUCAGUGAAUGAAUUUGACUGCAGUUUACACAGGAGGCUCAGUCGCAUCCAGCAGUGUCACUGGCAAAAAAAGAAAUUUGAGUUUCUCAGGAUAUGACCGUGGUGUACUGUGACCAUUGACCAGCUUAGUGCUCAGGGUGUUCUGAUGGUUCAUUCAAAGGAAUGAUCGAUCACCUUUCGACCUCACUUUGUUUGACUCUCAGUGACCUUGUUAUAGUUAUCGCUUUAACCGGCAUUGGAAUUUUUCUUUUGAUAUUUGAAGCUGCCGUGUUUGAACAUGCACGCAAUUCCAAGAGUGAAACAGGCCUGACUGGAUGCAAGUGUGCUGUCAAGGGGCUGAGGCAAAACACCACUUCUUCAAAGUUCCUCGUUCACCCAAACUCUACCUCUCUCGCCAACCCGCAAAUCCCGACCGAGGUUGGGCCAAACCACUCUUCCAAGAAGGCACAAAUCUGGAUUGUUCCUCUUCCCCUCUUUUCUAUUUGAGGGGACCUCUGAGAUGACUCAGCCUUAUUGCCCAUUCCUCAUUACCGAGAGAAGGUGAUAGCGAGCUACUUUCUCAAAUCACUGGUUAGAGGUUUAAUGUUGACUGAGCAACUGUCCGCAGUAGUUACAACUCAACCACAUUGGUGCUGGACUAGAGUCAGCUCUCGGCCAGGUAAAGAUAGCAGGUUUCCUUCCCUGAAGGACAUGAGUUGAACCAGGAGAGUUUUUAUGACAAUCCAACAGCUUCAUGGUCGCAUUUUCUGGUGCCAGUACUUAAUUUUCAGAUUUUUAUUUUUGUUUUUAUGCUGUAAUCAAAUGUUCAAACCAGCCCAGUAGCAUGAACUUUCAUGCUGAUCACCAAAGCUCUCAACUGACUCGAAUUUUGUAAAGAAAGGUAAUGGAGAACUGAUUGUGGGAACAAUUCAGCUAAACAAAGGGUGAAAUUGGGAAAGCAGGCCAAAUAAACUGAAACCAUUUUCAAUCAAGCUGGGCUCCUCAGUGAGAAAGAUUAUACCAAGAGAUUGGGUUGGGCGUGGGGAGGACAUGUCAUUGAUGAAUUUUAUCUCAUCAAUUUUGAAGCGAUUAUUUUGACCUUCAACCCUUUGUCAAAAUUAGAAAUCCAUUCGCAAGUCCAAGAUCUUGCAGUAUGUGUGUUUCCAGCAAAGAUCAAGGUCUUUUUAUUCUGUUGAUGCUGAGGUUUCAGAUGAUGGGAUUUCUUCAGCUCCUGACUGAAUGUAAAUCACUUUGACAAGACGAAAAACUGGGAAGGAUAGGAAACAAAGUCCUCGGCUCUGGUGUGAAGGUUAAAAGGGAUCAUCAGAGCUGUACAAAAUUGCUGGCUGUCAGUCUGGGAUGAGAUUCAGCCGAGACAGUUUUUGAAGUUUAGAUUAAUUUGAGCUUUACAUGAAGAACAAGGCAGUGUGCAGCAGAGCACCGAAACACAUUGACGUGACUGGGGAGCGCUGCACUAGUACCAGACUCUGAGGAUGUGCACUUAGCUAGAACAAUACCUCUACCUGCUAGUUUGUCCUGUCAAACAAGGGCACCUGUCACACUACCAUUUGACCCUGUAGGAGGGGAAGGCGUGAUUUUCGAGCCUAGGUGCCCAGCCAGGAUUUCUGUGGAGGUGAAUGUUUUGGUCCUGUGAGUUCCAGUCGGAUGCAAGUGAAUUCACAGGCCCCAUUUCCACAGGGUUAAGUAGUGAUGAGCAAAAGGAGACAAAAUGAGGCAGCUGGCGUAGGCAAGUGCAAAGUACCAGGAGUGCAAGAUCAGUACACUAGUUUCAACUCCAGAAGUAUCUUUUUGUUUUAUGAGAGAUCACAAACUCGCUUGACGUAAAGUUUAACGCAAUCCAUAUCUUGUUUGUGCUUCAGUGACAUCCAUCCAGCAUAUUGCUGGAGAGUUAUGCCCCUACCCCCCCACCCAAGAAAAGAAUAUACUUUGUGCACCCAGAUUUACACUUUGCCGAUUCCACCUGAUAGUUCCGACGAUCAAUUUUACUGGCAAUUUCAGUGGAUGUGUCCUAAAAUUGGAGACCAAUUGUACAAUUUACACCUGUUCUAUAAUCUCUGGAGAAUGUAGCAGAUGAGUUAGCACCAAUUAUUCGACUUUCUUCCUCAUAGCUCAGUGCCUAUUCCAGGAGAGUAGCUUUAGAAAGGUGCAAAACUAAUGCCUUUUCAGCUUUAAAGUUAUUUUGCGCAGAUUUUAUUUUUGGGCAAAUUCUCCGUAUUAAAAUGGCUUCAGUUUUUGUUUCAAAGGAGAAUUCACAGCUCAGUAUUAAUUUUUUAUAUAUAUAUAAUAUUUAUUGGAGUUUUAGCUCUCAAUUUGAAUGACGCAGUCUCAGCCGAGGUCUAUUUGCCUUUUGCUGCUUAACCACAAAAACCACAGCAAACGUAAGCAAAUGGGGCCACCUGCUGGCCAUUGUUAUUAUUGCAAGUUCAUUUUCAGUGCAUGGUAUUUGAGACUAAGCAUCUGAAAUUGCUCAAAACAGGCACAGUGAAAAGGUGGCAUAUUUCCCAAUCAAGUCUUGCAGUCACUGAAAUGCACAAGAGGAAGAAGGCACCUAUUCUUGAUUGUGACCCAGAACUAAUGGGAUGCAAAUGUUUAGGUCACUGUGAGUUAGAGAUCAUGAUGCAAACUUCCCUCCCUGGCUGCAGUGUUAUGUUCCCCUUGUUCACGGAUAUGAUCUUAUUGCUCUCUACCUUGUGAGUGAAUUUCCCAAGCACGUCCCUUCCACACCUUCUUCCCAGCCCAGUGACAGCACAUCUGUCUCUGUGUUUGUAAGUGGCAAUGUGGCCCAAUUCAGUGUCAUAUUUUACACAAGUUUUUCUAUUGUAAAACAGCCACCUGUGGUUUUAUCAGAACAAAAGGUACAGUUACACAUUUAGUUGGAUCAUUAACCUGACACCUCCACUGUUAAUGGCGAGUUCUUGUUCUGUUCAUGGAUGUGUUAGUGCACCAAGUCAGACUGUACAGUAAGAUUUCCUAUAACAAGGCUUUCUCUGUGCAGAUGUUACUGUUAAACUUUUCAUGAAGUCUACUGGCAAAAGAAUAAAGUUAUAUUUAUUCUACAAUGA